GAUGUAUUUGAUUUAACACACGGGUUGUUACAUAAAGCGACAAAAAGACUGAAAGGCAUUGUAUCUCGCAACAUGGAACGAAUCCUGAUUGGUCUUUGUGUCUUCCUAAGUGGGGCAAUAUUUGCUGUCGAAGGCAGCGUGUUUGCAGGCACAGCGUCAAAAAGGUUGUGUAAUAUUGGAAAGCAGAUGAACGGGGUAUGGAUCGGAGUUCUUGACCACAUGGACACACACGACUGGAUCGUUAUUAUGAAAAGUAAUACAAUUCAUGUCAACGUGCGGGAUGCAGAAGCGACAUACGUGUGUAAAGGAGAGAAUCAAUACGGCAGUACUUCCUUGUGGAUGACUGAGAAUGGUAGUAAGUACCUUUGUGUAUACAGAGCUAUCAUGAUGGACUCCGUGGUUCAGUACUCGUUGUCAACAAACACUGGUGAAUUUGCUCCAAAAGAUUUGCCAGGAAGAGGUGGCCACACCAUCGAACACUUAUGUGGUAACGCAAGAAGACGACCUGCAUUGGACAUUAGACGAUCCUAUGAACACCAGUUACAUGCUUAAGCAUGCCUUGGACGAUACAACUGUCACGCAAUAACCAUGUCUGAUGGAGUAUAUCAAAACGAAAUCAACAAAACCGCGUAACGGCUUUAGUGGCAAUGUACUGGUAUUGAUAACAGUAUAUCUCCAGUAAUGUACAAGUACAUUAUACGAUGUCACACUUUCUUCAAUAAAAUACUUAGAACGUC